AUGGCAAAAUUAGUGAAAAAUCGAGGAAGAAGUAGGUUUUUUAGUUGUUGUAAACCCAUACCUUUCAACGAUGACACUAGUAUAAUUAAACGGGGUCAUUUGUAUAAUUCAACAGAUCUAUCUAAUUUGAAGCGUGUUAGAUCACAAGAAAAGUUGGAUUCAAUGUUGGGAAAAGAUUUCACCAAAAAUUUCCGAACAAAUAGAAAGGAGAAGGCUUUUGGCAGGAAUUUAUCUAAUGCACUCAAAAAUGUGUUUUCUGAUACAUCAUUGGGGAAGAAAUCUCAUAGGAAAGAGCCUAAGUGUUCAUUUGGACCAUGUAAAAAGUUUUCAUCUAAAUUUGAGAAAAUAUUUCAUUCUGCGAAGGAAACAAAGUCUUCAUCAAAGGAUUUAUCAAAUAUUACUAAUAGAAUGUCCACAAGUUCAAGCACGGAUGAUUUUUCCUUAUUCACAUCCUCUUCAUUUUCUUCUUCAUCUUCGUCUUCAUCUUCUUCUCGUGCAUCUUCAAGAUCUUCAUCACAGAGAAAGCAAUUUCCGUCUUUUCACAGAUCAAAAUCGGCGAAUAAUAUGCAAAUUUAUGACAACGUAAAAGAAAAAGAAAUCGCCCUACGUUACAACAAGAACGUUGGGACGUAUUCUCUUUUAAUUUGUUUAUUGGUUAUGAUAUUUUGUGGGAAAGUUUUUGCCAUCAUUUGCACUUCAACAUGGUUCUAUUUUGCUCCUCGUUGUUUCAAACGCAUUGACUCAGAUGAGUACAAGAAAAAUGAUCGAUUGUUAUAGUACAAGCAAACAAAAAAAUGUAACUUAUUCUCCUAUCCAUCCUAUCCUUUAUUUUUUAUUUUGUUCCUUUUCUUUUUCUUUAUAAUGUCAUGAAAGCAUGUGCAAUUGCAAUGGCCUUAUUUGUCAUAUUGUAAGUUGUACAAAAUGUUACACA